AUGUUGCUCAAGAACACCCUCGCUGCUGUUUUGCUCGUUGGCGCCGCCGCGAUUGCUGCCCCCUCAACUCCAAACACACUCUCUAAACGUUCCGUCGAUUUCUCAUGGGGAAGCCAGAAAGUGAGAGGAGUGAAUAUCGGUGGAUGGCUCGUGUUGGAACCGUUCAUCACCCCGUCUAUCUUCCAGGCACUUGACCAAUCCCUAGGAAUCGUGGAUGAGUAUACUCUUACAAAUAAAUUGGGUACGACUGCAGCAUACAACAUCCUCAAACCUCAUUGGGACAGCUGGGUUACGUUUGCGGACUUCCAAAAGAUUGCCGAUGCAGGCUUUAACACCGUAAGGAUUCCAAUCGGAUACUGGGCGUAUGCCAGCUUGGAGAAUGGUGAGACAUACACGCCGGGCGCUGCGCCAUAUAUCGACGCUGCGAUAGACUGGGCAAGGGGUACCGGCCUGAAGAUUUGGAUUGAUUUGCACGGAGCUCCUGGUUCGCAAAACGGCUUCGACAACAGUGGUCAAAGAAUGGACAAGCCAACAUGGCAAUCGGGAGACUCGGUAGCUCAGACUUUGUCUGUUCUCGAAACGAUUUCGAACAAGUACGCGCAAGCACAGUACCAGGACGUUGUAGUCGCAAUUGAGCUCCUUAACGAACCUUUAAGCUCGGAACUCGACUUUGACGACCUCAAAGAGUUUUAUCGUAAUGGUUAUGACCAAGUCCGUGCAGUCAGCAAUACUCCUGUCGUGAUUCAAGACGGCUUUGUUUCACCAAAAACCUACAAUGGCUUCCUCUCCACUUCAGACAAUGCUCAAAAUGUUGUCGUGGAUCACCAUGAGUACCAAGUAUUUACCGACGACUUCGUAGCCUUGCAGAACUGGCAACACAGACAGUUAGUUUGCAAUAACGUAGCCAGCUACGCAUCCGGAUCCGACAAAUGGGUCAUUGUGGGCGAGUGGACCGCAGCGGAGACAGACUGCGCGCCGGCUCUAAAUGGAUAUAACAUUGGUUCGAGAUACGACGGCACCUAUCCCAAUUCUACAUACGUCGGGUCUUGCGCCGACAAGAACAACAUCGCCAACUGGGACGACACUAUGAAAGGCGACGUCAAAGGCUACAUCGAGGCCCAGAUUUCAGCUUUCGAGAGCCAUACACAGGGAUGGGUUUUCUGGAACUUCAAGACGGAAGCUGCUCAUGAGUGGGACGCGUUUGCACUGUUGGACGCGGGUAUUUUCCCACAGCCGUUAACAAACCAGGACUUUGGUUCCAUUUGUUCUUGA